UCGGCGAAAAUAGGAGAGGGGGAGGGUUGCGAGCUUGGGCGUGGUGGAAGGGGAUGUAAUGGGGGAGGAAAGGGAGAGGGAGGGGAAGGAGUUUGGAGACGGUGGUCACGAGCUUGGACGUGGUGGGGGGGAGAUGGGGUGGGGGAGGAGAGGGGUUUGUGAGAGGGAGGGGAAGGAGUAUGGAGGCGAGGUAUAUGUGUUAGUCGGGGUUAGAAACACUUCACUUCACUCGAUGUAUGACCGAAUGGGUGGAGCAGUCUCCCUCGAGGUCUUCGAUGGGGUCUAUUCYGUCAYGAGGCAGGAGUGCUGCAAAGAACAAGGAUUCCAGUUGGAUAUUUCCAGCAAUAAGGCAUUAGCUGCUUCUCUCAGAAGAAUUGAAGAUGUGGCAAACCCAACUGUGCAGAUGGCAGUCAAGGCAAUGGCAACUCGUGCAAUGUCUGAGGCGGAGUACUUGUCAACAGGAGAGAGCACGGACACGGCAGGCUUUUCACACUAUGGGCUUGCCCUUGAGUACUACACCCAUUUCACGUCUCCGAUCCGAAGAUAUGCAGAUGUGCUUGUUCACCGUAUCCUUAUGGCAGCAUUGGGUGUAUCAUGUCCAUUGACUUCUGCUGAAACUGGCUCAUCCCCUUCGCCGGCAUUGUCUGCUGCAAGGUUGUCCAGCAGCAGCACAAAUAUUAUCAUGGCACACACUGCGCUAAAAGAGGUCACAGAGCAUCUAAAUGUUUGCCAUCGGGGAAGCAAAAGAGCACAAAAGGAGUGCAAUGAACUGUACUUGUUAUAUUAUCUGGCAAGGAAUGCACGUGCGGAAGAAGCUUUGGUGACAGGCAUUCACGAGAAUGGUUUGUCAGUUUUUAUCCCGAAGUACGAUCUGCGGGGUCCUGCCUACCUCAAGGACAGAAAAGGGUUUGUUAUCCUUCCUUUGACCGGAGAUGAACCAAGAGAUGAAUCUGGAUCAUUUCUCACAGACAGCUUCAAGUCCGAGCCGUAUUUGCUGCGACAUGAAGAGCAUGAAGUUCAGAUUUGGGACCCUGUUAAAGAGCAAGUCAUUACCUCUUUUCACAUCAUGCAAUCAAUUUGGGUGGAACUUCGCGCUGAUGGAUCGCGAGCCCAUGCACCUACAUUGCGCAUCAGGGUGCUUUCGGACUCUCACCCUGCUGCAAAAGAAGCUGCCGAAGUCCAAGAGCGAGCACGGUUGGUCGAGUACAGAAAGCCAAAGCUCUCUGAACUUGAUGCUCAGUAUGGGAAGGCAGGGGGUUCCCGAUGGAAAAGAGGACAGAGGGAGAUAGGUGCGGCUAUACGUGGCAAACAACCGGACGCAGGCAUGAUGGAGCCCCGCGAAGAGACAGGGAAAGAAACGCAGAAAGCCUCUGAGGGGGAAGCUGAUACGAUAUCCACGCUUGGACAAGUCACAGAGAAAUCUGAUAACAGAAAUGCCAGUGUCUAUGACCUCGUUCAAAGUUUUAGGUCAUUUCUUAUCACAGACACGUCUAUAUUCUCCGACUACGAGAAGGUGGUGUCCAUCGACAGUGAAUUGAGGAGGCCUGUUGCACGGCAAACUCCAGACAUCUCUUCGAAGGUCCAGCAGCCGCCCGUGUCAGGCAGUCGUCAACCACAGCAUUCUGCAACAGAAACAAGUACUGGGAGAACCCAGCCAAAGGAGUUCUUUCAAGAAUCGGAAAUGAUGAUCAAUGCAGAUGAUGAUGAUGAUGGGGAUGAGGAUGAUGAUGAUGAUGAUUCAUUUCCAUUUUCCACCCAAGGUGACAUAGCAGCCAUCAGAGAAGAAUCUGCCCAGGAGAAAGCGUUGCGAGAAAGAUUUGAGUUGCUCCUGGCCCUGGCAGCGCGCAAGAAGGCUCUUCGGGCGAAGUCCGUUCAUGAUGAUUGGAACACACAGCGACAGAUCUGGUAUCAGCAGGAGAUGAGGGCACGCCAGCGUGCAGAUGUUCUUCAUGCACGGAUAUUGCGGCAGAUCCAGAGAGACAACAAACGCGGCAAGCAGCGAACACAAAUUCCCUUCGCCAGCGCAUCUUCAGAGUCAAAUGCGGCAAUCGAUUUAGGCCUCUGAAUGAGCAAUGACUGAGAGGCACUCAGCCACACGAUGUACCGGUGUACUGAUGCCGCAUAUAAACUCACCUGUAACACUCUACAGAUGCUCAGGUCAUCCCAGAUUACUCCUUGCUCAUCGUAAGUAGUCUCAACGCUUCAGCGAACCCGGCCCAUUUCGGCGUGAUGAAGCUAGACCAGUGAGCUAUUAUACUUUUUGGAAAGGAUGGCUGCUGCCAAGCCUACCUCCUGGUUGAUAAUGGAUAGACUGGUGAGCUUUUAUACUUUUUUGAAAGGAUGGCUGCUUCCAAGCCUACCUCCUGAUUGAUAAUGGCUCCAUCGCUUGAUAAGCUUUCGGCCGAGUGCACAUGGCAGUAGUGCCAUCUGGUGUUUUUCUUACUUAAAACCCAGCUACUGUCUUGGCCCGGAUGUAAGGUAUAGCGAUUAUUAUACCCAGGGCGCAUGGGAAAUGGCAGCUUGACUCCUUGAAAUGCAGCUGCUAUGACUGUAACUGGCUCUACGACUGCUUGGAGGAGAAGGGGGAACAACAAUGUCGAGGCCUUGCAUAGGGCAGCUGGCAGUGUGGCUUUACCCGAUUCACAUCGACCUGG